AUGGCAUUUGACACCCGUCUUGGAUUGUAUGACGAUCCAAUCCCACCAGAAGCGCUGAAGUUCAUUAAUGAGGUUCAAAACUUCUUUGCCCUUUCCCACAAGCUUAUUUUCAGUGCAGUUCACAGAAUUGCUGGGCCAUAUAUUGACACACCACUUUUUAAAAAGUUCCUCAAGUGUGGUGAUACUAUCUUUGACAUAGGGCAGGGUUUUGUGGAAAAAAAGAUGAUGGAACUAAAAGAAAUGGCAGAGAAAGGAAAUGACAGUUCUGAUAACUCUCAAGGUUUGUGCAAGCUGAUUGGAUAGAUACUAGUGUUAAAAACUUGAUUAACCUGCUUCUACUUUUAUGAGAGCCUGCGGGCUGGAUGAAUUACAAGAAAGUUAAAUAAAAAAUUAGAAAAUUAAGCACAGUUAAUAAAACAAACAGUAUAACUCUAAAUAGAGUACUAGUAAAUAAUAAAAUGAAGCUAUAACAUUGGUGUCCUAUUUAUAUAGCUGUUUUUUCCUUCUGACAAGAUAAAUACAGCUACAUUAUAAGGAGACUACUCCUAUUAUAUAGUACCAAUUUUAGUUUUGGUGGAGUAUAAAGUUAAGGGAGUCAUAGAAGAAUAGCUGGCAUGGCGCUGAUUUUGUCCCCACCACACCCUUAUGCUCUCCUGGUUCCCCACUGCUGCUUGUAAGGUCAACAGAUUGAAGGAGGGGGAGGGGGGAGGGCAGGGAGGGAGGAGGCUGGGGCAGUGGAAGGGGCUGGUGAAAUUUAAUAGGGUUUCUGGAGACUCAAGUCCCCAGCUUAAAAACAUUAACUCACCCCUCCGCCGAGAGUUCAUGGACGCAUGAAGAACUGACCAGGAUUAGCUGCAAGGUCAAAUAAUUCUUAGAACUUAUAAUAUUAGUAACUUUUAUCUUUAAUGCAGGCUUAUUUUGGGGGCUCCUGAAAGCUGGUAUACUAUGUUUUGUUUUUGUGGAUAGCAUAGGAUAGGAUAGGAUAGGAUAACUGCUUUAUUAUCGACAGAGCGCCUACAGACACAUGUGUUUACAACGAUAACAAAGAUUUUAGUGCAAUAAUUACAGAGGUACAUACAACUAAACAAGGUUAUAUUUAACGCGUCUAUCUCUUUCGCGGAAGCGAUCACAUACGUAUUUAGCCACAAUUUGCGUUUUCUCUCCUUGCUUCAUACUUAUCAAUGUUGCAAAGGCAGAGCUUGGAGUCAUAGAGUCAAGAAAAAGAUUAGCUUCCUUUUUUAGCGAAUUGAACAGCUCUCUCCUAGGAUCCCUAUAGGCUAUGCAAUUCAUCAAAAAAUGCUCCUCGUCUUCUAAUCCAGAUUUACAUAAUGGACAGAUUCUUUGGUCUGGUGGUUGAUAGGGUUUAACGUAUCGACCAGUUUCAAUUGCUAGUUUGUGACUGCUUAAUCUUAGCUUUGUGAUUGCUACUCUAUGAUUGAUGUUUCUUACAUUUGUGAGGUAAUUUUCGUAGUCAUGGGUAAGUUUAAAUUUCCUAAAAGUUCUUAGUUUUUUUCUUUUUGAUGCGGGUCCUUUCGUUCAUCAUUGUGUAUUUCGCUAAUCCAUGUUUGCUGUUCUAUGUCUAAGAGUCUCUGUCGUAUAUAGCUCACGAUCAUGGUUGCGGGAGUGUUCGUUUUCGCUGACCAUAUGUCGCCGAGAUUUGUGAGAUUUAAUAGUCGUUUUAAUUUGCUUGGCCAAAGUUCCUUUUUGUCUUGACCAAUUUGAUCUGUAAAUGCUAUUCCAGAGAGUUUAUUUUGGUGUUCCGGCACACAAAAUUUCAGCCAAUAUUUAAUGGCUCUGCACUUUGUCUUCGUUCGCAUAAUGAACUUUGUUUGUACAAACUCAAUUGGAUCAUUUUCUAGCUUUCCGUCGUGAUCAACCCCCCCAGACCUCGCUUCCGUACGUGAGUACUGGGGAAAUAACAGUGUGAAAAAUUGUAAUUGUGAGCUGAACGUCGUCUCUAAANCCAGUUUCAAUUGCUAGUUUGUGACUGCUUAAUCUUAGCUUUGUGAUUGCUACUCUAUGAUUGAUGUUUCUUACAUUUGUGAGGUAAUUUUCGUAGUCAUGGGUAAGUUUAAAUUUCCUAAAAGUUCUUAGUUUUUUUCUUUUUGAUGCGGGUCCUUUCGUUCAUCAUUGUGUAUUUCGCUAAUCCAUGUUUGCUGUUCUAUGUCUAAGAGUCUCUGUCGUAUAUAGCUCACGAUCAUGGUUGCGGGAGUGUUCGUUUUCGCUGACCAUAUGUCGCCGAGAUUUGUGAGAUUUAAUAGUCGUUUUAAUUUGCUUGGCCAAAGUUCCUUUUUGUCUUGACCAAUUUGAUCUGUAAAUGCUAUUCCAGAGAGUUUAUUUUGGUGUUCCGGCACACAAAAUUUCAGCCAAUAUUUAAUGGCUCUGCACUUUGUCUUCGUUCGCAUAAUGAACUUUGUUUGUACAAACUCAAUUGGAUCAUUUUCUAGCUUUCCGUCGUGAUCAACCCCCCCAGACCUCGCUUCCGUACGUGAGUACUGGG